UUAGAUUACAGUUAAGAAACGCAAUCUCAAAUUCGAACACCAAACCCGACUCCUUAAAUUAAUAAACAAAAAAAAACACAAACCGCAACCACUUCAUAAAAUUAGACGCAAACAGAACACUGAAGCCAAACUCAGCACCGCUGAGACGACGGCAGCAAUGGGAAUAGAUUACUACAAAAUAUUACAGGUAGACCGCAAUGCUAAAGACGACGAAUUAAAGAAAGCCUACAGAAAGCUGGCCAUGAAAUGGCAUCCUGAUAAGAAUCCCACCAACAAAAAAGACGCUGAAUCCAAGUUCAAGCAAAUCUCUGAAGCCUAUGAUGUUUUGAGUGACCCGCAAAAGCGGGCGGUUUAUGAUCAGUAUGGGGAGGAGGGGUUGAAGGGGCAGAUGCCGCCGCAGGGUGGGGGCGGAGGAUUUGGACAUGACGGCGGUUCCACGACGUUUCGGUUUAAUCCGAGGAAUGCAGACGAUAUAUUCUCGGAGAUUUUUGGAUUUUCGAGUCCGUUUGGAGGAAUGGGUGAUAUGGGUAGUUCGAGGGCUAGCACUUCUUCUGGGUUUCAUAGGAGUAUGUUUGGGGAUGAUAUCUUUUCUUCGUUUAGGAGUGCAGGUGGUGAGAGCUCUAUCCCUCGAAAAGCGGCUCCGAUUGAAAGGACAUUGCCGUGUAGUUUGGAGGAUCUUUAUAAAGGUGUUACUAAGAAGAUGAAGAUUUCUAGGGAUGUUAUUGAUUCUAGUGGGCGACCUACGACUGUGGAGGAGAUUCUAGCAAUUGAUAUCAAGCAAGGCUGGAAGAAAGGUACGAAAAUUACUUUCCCGGAGAAGGGAAAUGAACAACGAGGUGUUAUACCAUCUGACCUAAUCUUCAUCAUCGAUGAGAAGCCUCAUAGCAUCUUCAAGAGAGAUGGCAACGAUCUCAUAAAUACACAGAAGAUCUCUCUCGUGGAAGCUCUAACCGGUUGCACAGUGCAGUUGACGACAAUCGAUGGCCGGAAUCUAACCAUCAAUAUUACGUCUAUCAUUUCUCCCACAUACGAAGAAGUGAUCAAAGGGGAAGGCAUGCCAUUUCCCAAAGAGCCCUCUAAAAGAGGGAACCUGAAGAUUAAGUUUAUUAUAAAAUUCCCGAACAAGCUCACUCCGGAGCAGAAAACUGGGAUCAAGCGGUUAAUGUCACCUUCAUGAACAGUGAUCGUGGCUCUCCCUGGUCCGUACCGUCUCCCACACUUCGGUAAGCUUGCAUUUCGUUUCUCUACCGACUUAAUCGAAGAAAACUGGGAUCAAGCCAUUACUAUCAUGCUCAUGAUCCGAGAAGGUGGCUUUCCUGUUCUAUGUAAGCUUGCAUUCAUGCUUUUUCUUGCAUAAUCGAAGACGGAAUUUGCGUUGCUGAAUGCGUUUUUUAAAUUAUAACAGCUAUUUAGGAGUUGAAACUGUUUUUGAUGUUGCAUUUAUCUAUUUUGUUUAGCAAUCCAGUGAGAAUGUUAAUUUUUGGUAUUGUAUCUAUCCUUGAUGCAGUUUCCUUUUGUUUUAA